UACGAUCACCACAUGCCUGAUGCCUCAGAAUGGCAUCCCCACGCCUCCAAAACAAUGUUUAUGCUGGAUUUACUGGACAAUUUGCCCAGACUACGACUCUCAGAUGAUCACCUCAAGGCUAUUCUAUGGGUAAUGAGAGAGUGUGGGACACCCAAUGUUCCAGCAUUUUCUGCUCUUCGAAAAAUGCAGUCGUCUCUGGCUCGCACAGUCAAUCUCACUCCGAAACAUCAUACUUCUUCGCUGGGCAACCACUUCUAUAUGAACCAUCCCUCUCAGCUGUUUGCAUUGGAUUGGAGUAAUCCCUUUGUUCGUAAGUAUAUUUGGCCUUAUCCUGAGAUUGGUGGUGCUAUUUGCGAGACGUGGCAAGCUGCCAAAUGGCUUGAAGAGAUUGAGCUUGAGGAGCUUUCGCCUAUGUGGGCCAAUUGGGAGUCAGUGAUAGAUAGGCAUCGUCAUUUCUAUGUUCGGGAGUUGGCACAGACAUCAGACAGCUCAUAUGUUGUCCUCUUACGAUGGGUCACUGUCGCCAGUGUGGUUCAUGUGGACAUUCUGAACGUAAAACACCAAGAUGGCAUCUUUUCUGUGUGUGCUGGUCCAUCAAAACGCAUUCUUGCCACCUGUCUUGUGCGUAUCUGUCACAGGUUCAGCAUGGGAAUGUACUCUAAUCUUCUGCCAGCCUAUUCUCAAGAUUUUUCUGCUCCCAAUCCAUUACGUGAACAGGCCAAAGGACGACCCAUGUUCCGUCUACGUGUCAUUCCUUGGAGCGACGAUGUUUCGGGCAAUGUCAGCAAGCAGUAUAAUGCUCAUACUAAUAUUUACAUGACCAAUGCAAAUCUUCCCCACUCCAAGCUCUCGCAGGAAUAUUUCAUUCGCUUCUGUUCUACUUCGUCCAAUGCAAGCUCCUCAGAGCAAUUCACUGCUCUUAAAGAAGACUUGUACGUGCCUCCC